AUGACGGCAGAGGUCCAGCAGCCGCCAGCGCAGACUCCUGCCCAGAGCAGCCCGAUGUCCGCCCCGGAGAAGCCGCACGGACAGACGGUGGUGAUGGAAACCGCUUCCUCCACUACGAAAACCAAAAAGACGAACGCAGGGAUUCGACGCCCAGAGAAGCCUCCCUAUUCCUACAUAGCUCUGAUAGUCAUGGCCAUCCAGAGCUCUCCGACCAAGCGCCUGACGCUCAGUGAAAUCUACCAGUUCUUGCAGAGCCGCUUCCCGUUUUUCAGGGGCUCCUAUCAAGGAUGGAAGAACUCCGUGCGUCACAACUUGUCCCUGAACGAGUGCUUCAUCAAGCUGCCCAAAGGCCUCGGUCGACCGGGGAAGGGCCACUACUGGACUAUCGACCCGGCCAGCGAGUUCAUGUUCGAGGAGGGAUCCUUCCGAAGGAGACCCCGGGGUUUCAGACGCAAGUGCCAGGCUCUGAAGCCCAUGUACAGCAUGAUGAACGGCCUGGGAUUCAACCACAUCCCCGAGUCCUACAACUUCCAGGGGAGCGGCGGGGGCCUCUCCUGCCCGCCCAACAGCUUGUCUCUGGACAGCGGGAUUGGGAUGAUGAACGGACACUUGGCAGGUAACAUGGACGGGAUGGGUCUGUCCGGGCACUCCAUGUCCCACUUGUCGACAAACGGUGGACAUUCCUACAUGGGAAGCUGUACAGGAUCCACUGGGAGCGAUUAUCCCCACCACGACAAUUCCGCCUCCCCUCUGCUGACCAGCGGGGGAGUCAUGGAGCCGCAUCCCGUCUACUCCAGCUCCGCCUCGGCCUGGGCUCCCGCGCCCUCGGCCUCCCUCAACAACGGGGCGUCAUACAUCAAGCAGCAGCCCCUGUCACCGUGCAAUCCGGGGGCCAACCCGCUGCAGCCCAGCCUGCCCACGCAUUCGUUAGAGCAGCAGUACCUGCACCAGAACGGCCACAGCACCGCAGACUUACAGGGUAUUCCUCGGUACCACUCCCAGUCCCCCAGCAUGUGCGACAGGAAGGAGUUCGUGUUCUCGUUCAACGCCAUGACGUCCUCGGCCAUGCACUCGCCCAGCAGCAGCUCCUACUACCACCACCAGCAGGUCUCCUACCAGGACAUCAAGCCCUGCGUCAUGUGA